AUGAAAGCAUCAGAACCGGAACCGAAGCCAUCCCUGACAGCACAGUGCAGAUCUGCGUUCAAGCCAGCCGAGUUGCCCUCAGCAGUGCCCGUGACCUCACCAGUGGCCACGUGCUCACCAACCUCUCUGACUUUACCGUUUUUACUGCCCCCACCAUUGCCUGUGCCGUCAGCAGUGCCAGGCCCUGCACCGCCUGCCCCUUUGCCCCCUCCACUGCCCAUGAAAUCCAAGCAGCUUUCAGAGAGGACAAAAGCUUUUCACUGGGACCUAAUGGCUCAGGAUAAGAUUGAGAAGUCAAUGUGGUCUUGCAGGAACCCCAGGAAGAUUGAAAUUGACACCUCACGCUUGUACGAGCUGUUUGGAGUGAGAGAGACAGGCGGCUCCCGCGAAGCAGAGUCCACCAGUACUAUGGAAAUCAUGCUGAAUUCAAAGAUCGCUCACAAUUUCAAUAUUUUCCUCAAAAGUUUCCCUGUGCAUCCAAAAGAUCUCAAGGACAAAUUGUUGAUUAUAAAUGAAGAGGAAGGGGGUCUCUCAGACGAGCAUAUUGCCUCUCUCAGGAGAUAUGUGCCCACCGCAGAUGACAUUGAGAUGUAUAAAUCGCACAAAGGAGACGUGACUGAACUGCAUGUGGUGGACCAGUACAUGAUGGAGAUGUGUAACAUCCCGAACCUGAGCGCCCGCCUGGACCUGCUGCUCACGCUGCGAGAGCUGCCCAUCUGUAUGGAGGACCUCACGCCGCUGAUUAUCCAGAAGAUCCGCAUGUGCCAGCAGCUGUGGGCUUGUGAGUCAUUUGUCAGUGUGCUGGAGUACCUUCUGGCUGUGGGCAAUUACCUCAACCAGAACGCAGGCAAGGACAGGGCCAAGGGAUUUCGCCUCUCAUCCUUAACUAAGCUUUCUCAGCUGCGCGGGAACGAUCGGAAGUUCACCUUGCUACAUGCCCUUGUGGAGCAGAUCAUGUUGCGAGAACCACGUUUGGCCACCUUUUUCCUGGAGCUUGCAGAAUUCGAGACUGUUCCUGGGGCUUCAGUUAAAGGUCUAACAGCAGAGGUGGAUGUAGUGAAAAACGAGUUUCAGAAGGUCAUCCAGUACAGGAAAGCACAAAAACGGAAAAAUGCAGCCAAUCAGCACCCCAAAUUCGUCAAAGACUUAAAGAUGGCCAUCGAGAAGCAUGAGGCCGAUUUCAGACAGCUGAUGAAGAGGUGUGAGGAGAUGAGGAAGCUCUACACUGACAUAUUGGUAAAAUUCGGAGAGCCUUUGGAUCAAGACUCCCAGGAACUAUUCGGAUGGAUUUGCCAAUUUAUCAGCGACUUCAAGAAAGUAUACUCUGAAUACUCUCAAUGAACCUGAAUUUAGCCACAUCUAAUACAGUAGGUGUUUGUAUGUGUGAAUUUGCACCUGCUUUCUCAAGCAUUUCAAUCCGAAGGCGAUAUGAACGUCUGUAGAAACUAGGGAUGCCACAAUUCUCAAUAUAAUAUUGAACCGUUCGGUACGACAUCCACGGUUCAAUACGCGGUUGUGAAUUGCGUUUUUUUCGGUUUUACGUUUAAAUAAUUUAUGUGCGUUUUAUUUCUCUCCGAAUUUACUGUUUGUGUGUGCCUGUAAGUUUACGAGUACUCCUCCCCGCGAGUAAAUAUUCAAUCACUAUGCUCUAAAGUUAGGGGGCGCUGAACCUUCAUUC